GUGUUUGUUGUUUUUUUUAUUUUCUUGAAGGUUGCUGUUGCGCAUACAAUUGGGCAUGUAGCGGCGACGGUGAGUAUGUCGAAGGUGGCGGUUUCGUUCACACACAUAAUCAAGAGCAGUGAGCCUGCUUUCAGCGUCUUGGUUUCGAGAUUCAUCCUCGGCGAGUCGUUCCCGCCCGGGGUUUACUUGUCCCUUCUCCCGAUCAUCGGUGGCUGCGGUUUGGCCGCUCUUACCGAGCUCAACUUCAACAUGACUGGUUUUAUGGGGGCCAUGAUCUCGAACUUGGCGUUUGUUUUCCGGAAUAUAUUUUCCAAGAAGGGCAUGAAGGGAAAAUCCGUUAGCGGAAUGAACUACUACGCGUGCUUAUCGAUCAUGUCUCUCCUACUCCUCACCCCAUUUGCUAUUGCUGUGGAGGGACCACAGAUGUGGGCUGCUGGGUAUAAAGAAGCCAUGUCCCUAAUCGGACCCCAGAUUGUCUGGUGGAUGGCUGCGCAGAGUGUGUUUUACCAUCUCUAUAACCAGGUGUCGUACAUGUCGUUGGACGAGAUUUCUCCGUUGACUUUCAGCGUGGGUAACACUAUGAAACGUGUUUCAGUCAUAGUCUCGUCUAUCAUUAUUUUCCGGACACCUGUACAACCAGUCAAUGCUCUCGGAGCUGCAAUCGCAGUUCUCGGAACUUUCUUGUACUCUCAGGCCAAGCAAUGAAGAUUCCUGGAAGUAAGGAAUCGUGCCUGGAAAGAAGACGCGUAUUUGGAUCGACAACUAUGAAGAUUUAUACGCUUACACCGUGUAGUUGCGGCGUUUUACUUGUAGAUAGCAAUAAUCGAGUUAGUAAAAAAACGUAUUUUUAAUUUUUUUUUAAUAUAAACCCUGGUUCUUGUU